GUCGCUGAGGAACAGACGCUGGAUGUGGCGCUCCUGAGCACCGAGGACGCCGAACUACAACCAUCUUUUUUCUCGGACGUCGUAGCCGCGAAUCAUCCAUUUAUUUCGGCAGCAUUCAUGAAAUCAGCCUGACAUUGCUGGUGUGGUAAACAAAACAACAAAACAAACAAACAAACAAGAAAGAUGAUUUCGCCGUGGGACCGGUGGUACUCGACGAGCUGCUGCCUUUGCUGCCAUGUACGGACGGGCACCAUUAUUCUGGGAAUAUGGUAUAUGCUCAUCAAUGCAGUGGUCCUACUCAUCUUGUUGUCGGCUCUCAAUGACCCAAUUCAGUACCGCUACCACCUUACCAGCUCCGAGCUGGGAACCGACAUAGAUGUCAUGGACGAUGCAAAUAUCUGCAUAGCCACUGCAAUAUCCCUACUCAUGAUUCUUAUAUGUGGCAUGGCAACAUAUGGUGCUUACAAGCAACAUGCUGCUUGGAUCAUUCCAUUCUUCUGCUACCAAAUCUUCGACUUUGCCCUUAACACGCUGGUAGCCAUUAGUGUGGUGGUUUAUCCCAACACGGUCCAGGACUACCUCCAGCAGCUGCCGGGGACAUUCCCUUACAAAGAGGACAUCAUGUCCACCAACAACAUGUGCCUAGUGUUUGCAGUCCUCCUCUUCAUUGGCUGCAUCCUCUCCUUCAAGGCCUACCUGAUUGGCUGCGUGUGGAACUGCUACAGAUAUGUGAGCGGCAGGGGCACCACGGAGGUCCUGGUUUAUGUCACCACAAACGACACCACGGUUCCGCUGCCACCAUACGAGGAAGCCAUCGCCAUCCCGCCCAAGGAGCCCCCACCCCAGUAUAUGGAGGCAUGAGAGACGCCCUUGCUGCUGGAUUAUAUACCCCAAACAACCCUCCAGCGCCUACCACGUCUCCCUCCAACAGUAGGACCCCAACGCCGGCCGCAACGUGUUGAAAAACAAGACGAAACAAUGUCUUAGAUGCUGGUAUCAGCUUGGAUUCCUGCCAACGUUAGAUUAGAUUACCCUGAGCCAAUAUUGCCAUUAACUCUGCCCCUCUCUCCGCCACCCUUCGGCUGUUGUGACGUAUUGUCCUCCCUCUCGUCUCCUCUGUUCUCCUUCAAGGGCAGCAUCACAGCAACUUUCAACCCUCCUCCCUCCCCCCAACCUCCAACCAACCAACCAACCAACCAACCCUCCCUCUGGGCAGCUGCUGUUCCCUGGAAGCAUCUAAACUCUUGCACGCCCCGAACGCUCUGACCCACCUUAACAUGCACUUUUCUUUGAGGGAAAAGUUCACCCGGUUUGGCCACCAACUGUUAACCCCCAAUACUGUGAAAUCUCCCUUGUGGUCUUUGUCUAAAAACAAACUACCUGAAGAGGGAUCUAGCAACAGAGAGAGCGAGAAGGAAAGCGACAUACAUUAUCAGUUAUACAAGAGCACUUUUUUCAGAAAUUGACAAAUUUCCUUCAUUGAAUGUAAUGUCGGGGUAUUUUUGUAUGACUUUUUUGUAUAACAGUGAAAACUGAGAGGAAAAAAGACGUGAAUAGUGAAAAGGCUGUCCUGUUGUGAUAAAAUAUCAUCGUCUGUGUGCUGAUGGAGCUGGUCCUGCUGGGAAGCACAUUGGAAAAAAAACACAAAAAAACAGGUUCCUUGACCAAUAACAACUACGUCUUCCUUUUGUAUCCACGUUCCACCGUCUGUAAACCUGUAACCCAUCGACUGCCAGUGAACAAACCUUGACUUCAGUCACAGUAUUCCAGUUUGCCUUCCUGUCCACUUUGUCGUUUUCGAGAUCUAAAGCGUUCAUGUGAUCAUCCGGUGAAGCACUUAUCACAGACACAAUUUGACGACAGAUCCACACCCAGAAAGGCAACGCAUAAACCGUGUGUGAAAAUGUUGACUUCUGUCGUGUUCCCUUUGAGUUGCAGCUGCAACAGCAUCGACUGUGUCUUUAUUGUUUUUUUGUUUUGUUUUUUACGUGGAUCAUGGUGUACAAUCUGAUCUUUUAAGUUGAGCUAACUUAGCUGGACUGAGGGCAUUUUCCUAUAAAGACUGCGUGACAUGCUGCUGUACAUGCAGAGACCGUGUGUGUGUGUGUGUGUGUGACAUUAUGAUGUGACUCCUGCGUCCUUUAUAUGUAGUAACAUUUCUUUUUGCACAUGCAGUGAUAUCAUUAAGCGAUAUAUCCUGUGCUGGUGACCUUUUAUGAAAUAUACAGUGGAUGGAGCAUCGACUAGUAGCACAAAAAUCAUUACAUGAAGCUAGUUAAGCAGUGCUUGUUUUUUUUGUUUUUGCCUCAAACUGUUGUAGGCAAUCAGUGGAGCAUUGUGAGAAACAAAUAUGGAGGAAAAAUAAUAUAUAAACCUAAUCCUAUUUUUUCUAGUAAUUCCCCAGUAGAAUUUGCCAUCAACAGAAAACCAUUAAAACAUCUUGUCAUUCAGACUAUGCAACAGUGCAUUCACCAAUCCAUUAGACUUGGGAAUACGUGUACCAGGAAGUAGUCUUAUCCCAUUUGAUACUAAUGCUGUAGGUGAUAAUGUAGCCAUUUGUUUGGCCCCUCCAUCAUUGUCCCUCCCCCUGUGUGAAUUAUGACCACUGCUUUUGCAAAUCCAACAAAGCUGAAAAUGAAAUUGCACUUUAAUGUCAGUGUGAGCUCACUGAAACCUGCUGUAUUUGUGUUGUGUUCAUCGUUUUUUUUCCUUGUCAUGAAGUAGCUAAGUGGUUCUAGUAUGAUCAGCUACCCUCGCGUGGAUGAUAGAAGCUUCUAAAACAUGGCGUGAAUCAACAUGUGCAUCGUGCGAUCGUUCUGGAAAGCUGCAGAGCUGACAGAGUUUCAUGUGGUUGAAGACUUUUAGCUGAGUCUUGCGGUUUUGUUUUUGUUGUUCUGGACCAGUGGAGGAUGGCUGAUGAAUCAUGUUUUGUUGUCACUUCAAGACUGUUCUCUCUCCUCUUGUUGGAUCUGCAUGAGCUCAUGUCUUCAAUUCCAAAUAAUAAAAAGAUAAACGAA